AUUUGAUUAGGCACAACGUUGCUUUUAAUGGAAAUGACAACACAGUGACUUGCACUUGUAAGCUGUUUUCAGAAGUUGGCAUUUUGUGUAGACACAUAUUGCGUAUAUAUAAUGUCCAUUGUGUGAAAUAUAUUCCUGAAGUUUAUAUACUGUCUAGAUGGACAAAGGCUGCUAUUUUGCAAAAUGUUAGUCCUCCUUUUACUCAAGGAACAUAUCUUAUGUGUGGGAAAGUAGUUGAAGAUUCUGUUUGGAGAGUGCAAAUGACCAGGAAGUUCAAUGCUAUAUUAGCUGCAAGUGCUGGUCUACCUGAAGCUAGGCAAGUAUGUGAGGAAGGGUAUAAAUCGAUCAAACACUCUUUAGAUAUUCAAAAAAGUGUUUCUUGUGGUGAUGAAUUUGGUUCUGCUCCAAAGACAAUACUUGAUCCUCCACGAUCUCGUCCUAAAGGUGAGCGAAAUAAAAGAAAAAGAAGCAUUGUUGAAAAACAAUGCAAAAUAGUCAAAGCUCGACGUUCUAAAUCUCAAAAUGUUGCCAGUAAUUCAAAAGAAGUUGCACAAUCUGUUGUUCAGGACACUGUCAGUUCUAUGGUUCCACAAGGUUAUCUUGUUCAUCCGGUUGGAGGAAUCACGACUUUGAUGAGUGUGUUUGGAUCUCCACAAGUUUUGGCUCCAUACUUCAUGCAAUCUAAUGCUGUGAACCAAAUGCAGAAUUAGUUUUAUUUUAAUUUUUGUUUUUUAUAGUAGAUACUUUUUCAGAGACAUGUUAUACCUUUCUUUUUGUUUUAAUGUUAAUGUUGGAGACAUUACUAGAGGAGUUACAUUUCAUUUUAAUGAGAUUUACAUUUCGUUUAGUGGUUGUUGACAUUUUGUUAUCCUUUGUUUCCUAUCAUGCUUACAGUCAAAUUUAUUAGCACAUUACUGGAUGAGUUACAUUUCAUUUUAAUCAGAUUUACAUUUCGUUU